GAACGCACAACCCGGAAGUCAGUUCCAGACUGGCACACUGCUGCUGCCCUGAGCUCUGUGGGGAGAAAACUCUUCUGUAUUUAUGACACAGGGAUUUAUUAUUGUAGGGAACCAGCACACAGGAAGGCAGGAGCCGGCUGCCAGUCAUAGCAGCAGUAUAUACUCCUAGACCGUUGAGCUGCAAGGAUCAAGAGAGUUGUUUGUAGACGUCACAUCAAAAUGAAACAACCUGUAUAGAUCAGUGAGGAUGGGCAAGGACCAGAAUCAUAUGGCUGACAAGAUAUUAAAUCUUACCCUGGAGAUCAUCUACCUGCUGACUGGAGAGGAGUACACAGUAGCGAAGAAGGAAUCAAAUGAGGUUUUGAUACCUAGCAGCCUUCCCCAUGUGUCGGGAGGACUGAUCAGGACCCAGAGCCCCAUCACUGUGCCUCCACCUCACUCACUGAUACAUGAGAGGCACAAUGACCAGAAGAUCCUGGAACUCACCAACAAGAUCAUUCAGCUGCUGACUGGAGAGGUUCCUAUAAGGUGUGAGGAUGUCACUGUCUAUUUCUCCAUGGAGGAGUGGGAGUAUAUAGAGGAACACAGGGGUCUGUACAAGGACAUGAUGAUGGAGAAUCACCGGCCCCUCACAUCACUGGCAGGUGGACACAGCAGCGAUGAUACCUCGGAGGAACUUCUCCUUUUAUCUGAUGAUUCGGAAAUAGAAGAUCACGACGUGACAUCAGAUUCUCCGGGAGAAAACAUUGUUACCUCAAACGUCCAUCCAGCACAUCACAGUGCAGAUAUUUUGUCCAAUCCCUCUAAUCCUGAGGAAUGUUCUCCCUAUUACGCAGAUAUUGUUACUGGUGAUGCAACUGUUACUGGCGGUAAAAAGUCUCCCUCCGCGGAAUGUGAAAAUUGUUUUACUCAGAAUGUAAAUUUAAAUAUCGAUCAGAGACCCCGUGUGCGCAAGAAGCCAUUUUCAUGUUCUGAGUGUGGGAAACGUUUCACAUGUAAAUCAGCUGUUGUCAGACAUCAGCGAAGUCACACAGGUGAGAAGCCGUUCUCGUGUUCUGAGUGCGGGAAAUGUUUUACGCGUAGAUCAACUGUUGUUAGACAUCAGAGAACUCACACGAGUGAGAAGCUAUAUCCAUGUUCUGAGUGUGGGAAACGUUUCACAUGUAAAUCAGCUGUUGACAAACAUCAGGCAGAUCACACGGGUGAAACGCUAUAUUCAUGUUCAGAGUGUGGGAAACGUUUCACCUGUAAAUCAGCUGUUGUCAGACAUCAGAGACUUCACACGGGUGAAAAGCCGUUCUCGUGUUCUGAGUGCGGGAAAUGUUAUACGCGUAAAUCAACUCUUGUCAGACAUCAGAGACUUCACAUGGGUGAGAAGCUGUAUCCAUGUUCUGAGUGUGGGAGAUCUACCAUAAGUAAAUCAGCCGCUGCCAGACAUCAGAGAACUCAUACGGGUGAGAAGCCGUUCUCGUGUUCUGAGUGUGGGAAAUGUUUUACACGCAAUACAACUCUUAUUGGGCAUCAGAGGAUUCACACAGGGGAAAAAGUAUUUUUGUGUUCUGAUUGUGGGAGAAGCUUCAUGCACAAAUCAGCUCUUGUCAGGCAUCAGCAGCUUCAUAAGGGCAGGCAGCGGUUUCCGUGUCCCAGUUGCGGGAAAUGUUUUACACACAAGUCGGCUCUUGUCACUCAUCAGAGAAUCCACGCAGGCGAGAACCCGCUUUCCUGUCCCGCUUGCGGGUAGUGCUACAUGAAGAAGUCAGACCUUGUUAUGCGUGGGAGAAUCCACACCGGUGAAAGUUCUGUUUGCGCAAAAGUGUUUCACACAGAGAUAACAUCUUGUGGAGCAUCGUUAAGUCCACUCCGGUAAGUUGCCGGUUUAGUGUCUUUAUUUAUUUUUGAUUUUUUCCAAGAGAAAAAACAUUUAUUAGAAAUGAGAACACUUUUUUUUUUUUGGUAUAUUGUGGACGGCUAUCUUUCAACCACCAAUUGUGCGUGGUUAUACAGCUUUCUUCCAAAAUGUCUAGCAAUUCAGAACACUCCAAAUCCUCUUCCCAGCAUGCAUCAGUUCAAAGGCUUCAUUAAUAGAACAGAAGGGCAAAUUGUGAGUCUCGGGAUUCAUCAACCUUAAUUUUCUUAGAUUCAGAGACCAACGUGGGUUCACUCUCUACACUCUUCCAACCUCCAAGAGCAGUUCCUUUCCAGUCAUCAGCUGAACUGGGCCCACUUUGCGGAACAUUCAGAGAAAUAACGGUGGUCUCCAGCUUUAACUCUCACACCCACGCGCUACGUCCGUUACACCGGUCCUCCACACUGCAGACCAUCACUAAAUAGGCGCACAUUUCCCACACCCGUCGUCCUCGCACAUUGCACCACUAAUGCCCUUCGUUUCUAUCCUUAACAAAUCCCACUCAACCUACAUUUCACGCGAUUGGGUACUGGUUAUCACAUGUUAUUAAUUUCCACACAUUGACCUGUUUCAACACCAUUUUAACCAUUUGGUGCUGAGGUUGCAAACGACUUCACUACACCUAGCCUUCUUACGUCACCCAAUCUCACUCCACUUUAGCCCUUAAUUCCCAAUCUAUACCUGAUUUAAACACAGCAGCUAUCGUGACACAAUGUUUAUAGCACUACCCACACCUUCCAAGUCACGGCAUUGACCCCCGUUCAUUUCCUUUAACCCCUCCUAUACCUACCCCUUUACAUCUUCUCAACCUCUUGCCUAUACCCUCAUGCCACAAAGCCAUGGACACCUGAAUUCAUCAUCACAAUUUGCAUACACUCUUAAUUCUCCACUUAUCACCCCCUAUAUUACCCCUAUCUAGUAGGAGCAACCCUCACGCACCAGUGGCACAGAUAUAUUUAAGCACUACAAUUUGGGUGACCGUAGUUAUUUGCAAUGAGCCCAAUAACAAAAUGUUCACCUUCUUUUUCAUUCCCCAACCCCGUCUCUAACCACCAGUGUCUUCCACUGCCCCCCUGUACCAUGAAAAACAUUUAUACCACCGAUCUGCCGUGAGAAUCGGCCUUUAGCACUCUUUGAAAAGGACCUGUUUGCCUAAUGCGUGCCAUGUUUUCAGCUUUACCCAGUCAUAUAUCUUCAGAACUAAUUAUAUCACUGUGUCAGGCCGCACACAUUGAAUGUUUAUGUGUAAAAUUGACAUACCACCUAAAUAAACCAACCCAUGAGAACUCCAUGGAAGGGGUUUCUAUAUCUUUGAUAUCUUCUAAUACUCUUGCGCUAGAGAACACUUCCGUGCCAUAACCGUUGCCUAGCAACCGUGGAUGCAUUCCCUGGCUCAUUGCCUACGCGAUCGGAUAGCACUAAUAGACCAGGUUAGCUUCCGGGAUCGUACCCGGACAGCUGCAUUGGUUGAAUAGCAACAGCAGUCACAAUCGCCGCCUGUCACUACCUUGAUUGGUAGUACACUAAACCGGCUGGCGUUUUAAAGCCCCUGGGUCACUGACAGAGGCACCCGGGAGAAAUCAAGCCCGAGCAGCGGGCGAAACGCGUGUUCCACCUCCGGUCCACGGGAUGAGUUUCCAGGCAGCGAUGGCCAAGACAGAGGGUUGGGAGAGUGGCCUUGAAACUAGGUUAUGCGGAAGGGUACGCUUCAACCUGUGCUCACGGUCCUGGGUCCAAACAUCGACCACAAUUGCCUUUUAGUAAAUAUGCCCCACAGAGAGCAAGGACAGGUUCAGUCCUCAAUCUCCUAUCUAAUAUACCCGAAAAUCGGGUGAUCCUCCCGGCUGCCCGGAAGAGUAGACAUUUCUCCUGAAGCGGUGGCCAAUGACGCGAUUUGCAUUGAAGUGCAUCAUCUUGGCUCCACCCUGUUCUUCACAGUGCCAGUAAUCACAGCAUUGUCUAGUGGGGGGGGAGGGGGGAGCGUGUUGAACCACAAUGAUGUGAUUGCAUUGCCAUGCCCCCCAACAUUGCCCACUUCUGCCACACUACACCCCAUGCAGUGCCAACCUAGAGUGAGCAGCCCAGACAUCGGCAACUAUGACUUCUUUCAUGUGUCCUCUGUCUACAGUUCCAUGUCCAGCUGACCCCAGGCCAACAUUGUUACUGGAUCAUACAGCCCAACAAGAGCCUCUGCAAUCUGUCUGUACCAAUAUGCACCAUGUAUAGGCUUACCAUACUAUCCCUUUAAACUGGGAUACUCAUGAAUUUCAAGCCUGCAUUUCACCUAGUUUAAUUCAGCCACAGAACCUGUGUAAUCCAUGAGCGACCUGGUUUGUAUGGUAAGCCUAAACAUGUAGCACUUACCCUUGUGUAUCACAUUGUAGCACUUACCCUUGUGUAUCACAUUACCCUAUAGCGGUGUAUUCAAUGCUUGUCGGAUCCUUUCCGACGGAUACUGCUUUCCUGUCAGAUUUGGCCGUUCCCGACAAUGCCAAUCCGACUUAUUUUUAAAGUUAGAUUGACAUUGUUGGAAACGGGGCUAAAACCUCUCGGUUUUGGCAGCGGAAUCCAACAAACACUUGGAUCGUCGGCUAUUCCGUCGACCCACGUGUUUUCCGACGUCGGAAAAAAAAAACGGCAGCCAAAUUGAAUAGGUCGGAACAGUUUCCGACCAAAAAAAGUCAGAAACUGCAGUCUUUACGACAAGACGGCAUUUCCAACUGCAAUUGAUUACCCCCCAUAGACUGUAGGCAUACGGUUAUCGUUACCUCUUUGUCUGUUAUUACACCUCAUUACGGUGUACGCCCCCAAUUAUAAAGCACUAAAGAAUAUGCAGGCGCUAUAUAAAUACAUUUUUUUUUCUUAUUUGAGUACUCUUUAUUGCUUUUUUACAUACAAAAAAUACAUUCUCAACAUACAGAUACAAACCAACAAACAUAUAAGAUAAUGCUAUACAAUAUAUAUGGCUGUAUAGGUGGAAGGUUUUACAUAUGCACCAGUUUUAUCUCGUAUCCCUUUUUAAUUGUAUAGGGACAAUUACUAUUAUUAAUAUAUGUAUUUAAAUAAUCGAAUUGGGUAUUUUUUUUGUAUGGAAACAGCUUUAAGCAUGAAUAUAACCAUUACUGAAUGUAUCAUUCAUUACUGAUUAAUGCUAGGAGGCUAAUAUACAUAUUCUAUAUUUGUAUACCUAAACAUAUAUAUCCCAGUGCUGUAACUAGACAUAUUAGCGCUGUGUGCAAGAAACCGCAUUGGCAC